ACAGCGAAGAGAACUAAUUCACCACGAUGUCUGACGCAGCACCCGCUCCACAGAAGAAGGCUACCAAGCCAAAGAAGCCAAGAGCACCGGCUGCCCAUCCUAAAACCAUUGAUAUGGUUGUUGCUGCUAUCACCAACUUGAAAGAUCGCAAAGGGUCUUCUCUUCAGGCCAUCAAGAAAUACGUCGGCGCUAACUACAAAGUCGACCUUGACAAGAUCACUCCAUUUAUUCGCCGUGCUCUGAAGUCUGGUGUUACCGAUGGAAAAUUUGUGCAAAUCAAGGGUACUGGUGCGUCUGGUAGCUUCAAGCUGAAAGCUAAAGUUAAGGCUGAGAAGAAAGCAAAGAAGCCAAAGACACCGAAGAAACCCAAAGCAAAGAAACCAAAGGCAGCGACGAAAAAGCCAAAGGCAAAGAAACCAAAGGGUAAGACCCCUAAGAAAGCUAAGAAGUCGCCAGCAAAGAAACCAAAGGCAGCAAAGAAGCCCGCCAAGAAAGCGCCAGCAAAGAAGGCAAAGAAGCCAGCAAAAAAAGCUGCUCCCAAAAAGAAGUGA